UGGAAAUAUACACUCUUUUACUCUACACUCAGUAGUCAGUACUCGUAAUUGGUAACUGAUUAACAAUUCAAUUCUUAAUUAAUAUUCCAUUUUCGUCUAAUUUAAUUGUGUUAUUGUUUACAAUUUUUAUAUUAAUAUUUAUAAAAAUUAAAAAGAAUUUUUUUACUAGUUUUUAUACGUCAAUACAAUAAUUUUAUAAUGGCUCCUGUUGAACCUAGUACCCAAUAUGAUUUUGAUCUUUUAGUAAUAGGCGGAGGAUCUGGUGGUUUAGCUUGUGCUAAAGAAGCAACAAGUUUUGGGAAAAAAGUUGUUGUUUUAGAUUUUGUUAUCCCAUCAGAGCAAGGAACUACAUGGGGCAUAGGUGGUACUUGUGUAAAUGUGGGUUGUAUACCUAAAAAACUAAUGCAUCAAGCUGCAUUAUUAGGUGAAUCAAUUCAUGAAGCUCGUAGUUAUGGAUGGAAUGUACCAGAUUCCAUUUCUUUUGAUUGGGGAACUUUAGUGGAUUCUGUACAAAAUCAUAUUAAAUCUGUUAAUUGGGUUACACGAGUUCAAUUAAGAGACAAAAAAAUUGAAUAUGUCAAUGGACAUGGUGUAUUUGAAGAUAAACAUACAGUUGUAGCAAAGAUGAAAGGUGGAAAAGAACGAAGAUUAACAGCUAAAGAUAUUUUAAUAGCUGUUGGUGGUCGUCCAAGGUAUCCUGAUUUUCCAGGAUGUAAAGAGUAUUGUAUUACUAGUGAUGAUUUAUUUUCACUACCUACCCCACCUGGAAAUACUUUAGUUAUUGGAGCUGGAUACAUUGGAUUAGAAUGUGCAGGGUUUUUAAAAGGUUUGGGAUAUGAAGCAACUGUUAUGGUACGGUCUAUGGUUCUUAGAGGUUUUGAUAGAGAUAUGGUAAAAUUAGUUCAAGCUGAAAUGGAAAGUAAAGGUGUAAGAUUUUUCAUUGGAAAGAAACCUGUCGAAGUAUCCAAGAAACCAAAUGGUAAAUUAUUAGUAACGUGGACUGGUGAUGAAGAUGGGCAAGGAGAAUUUGACACAGUUCUUGUAGCUACUGGACGUAGACCUCUCUCGGAUGAAUUAAAAUCAUCUGUUAUUGGAUUACAUACUCAUCCAGAGUCUGGUAAAUUUAUUGUUCAAAAUGAACAGACCAAUAUUCCCAAUAUCUAUGCAGUUGGUGAUGUAUUGCAUGAAAGACCUGAGUUAACACCUGUAGCAAUUCAAGCUGGAAAACUAUUAGCUAGGCGUUUGUAUGGUGGCAGUCAAGAAUUAAUGGAUUAUGAUGAUAUUGCUACAACCGUUUUUUCUCCUCUUGAAUAUGGCUGUGUUGGUCUUACAGAAGAAGAAGCAAUUAAAAGAUAUACUGAGGAUAAUAUUGAAGUGUAUCAUGCAUAUUACAAACCUACAGAGUUUUUUAUUCCGCAAAAAAAUGUCAAAAAUUGUUAUUUAAAAGUAAUAACUCUGUUAGAAGCUCCACAAAAAGUUUUGGGUAUGCAUUUUAUUGGCCCUCAAGCAGGUGAAGUUAUACAAGGUUAUGCUGCAGCUAUAAAGGCUGGAUUAACUUUUGAACAUCUAAAGAAUACUGUAGGUAUUCACCCUACAAUAUCUGAAGAAUUUACUAGAGUAGGUAUUACCAAACGAUCUGGCGAUGAUCCUACCCCACAAAGUUGUUGUAGUUAAUCUUUUUUUUUUUCGUGGAGUGCAUAAUAAACAAAAAAUAAUAAUAGUAGUUUUUCAUUCAAAUCAUUCCUGUGGUAAAGGUAUUAACAAUUAAUUAUAGUAUAUGUAUUUGUAUCCAUUAAACGCAAUAAAUUUUAUUUCAAUAUUU